UUUAAAUGAAUUUCGAUUUUGUUUUUGUUUUUUUGUUGAAACUUACCGGAAAAUUUUCAUCAAUCUCAUUUUGGAAUUCGAAUUCUCAAACCUAUUGAUCUUUGAAUUAAUUUUUAUUUAUUUAAACAAAAAAAAAAUCUGAUCAUCAUCAUCAUAAUCAUCGACAUAAAUCUGAAUCAUUGAUAAUAAUUUUUUUCUUGCUCUUAUUGAUCUUCAAACUUUAUUUGGACACAUAUCUGUUUCAUCAUUAUUAUCUACCAAGUGAUCUUUUUAGGAUUUUUUCUUAUGAUGAUGAUGAUGGUAUAAUGGUAUCACAAGUUAUCAAAUUGCACACAUCGAAACACAUGAUACAUACAAAAUGACUUGAUACAAUCGAAAAUCAAAGUGAACAUUUUUUUUUUGACCCCUCAUAUCUGGUGAAACAUUAAACCAACACAAGUAAAAAAAAAAAAGAAAAUAAUAGAAUGGGUGAUAAUAGAAAACAACGAUACGUUCUACAAGUACAUGUUGGUUCAUAUAGCCGUCUAUAUGAAGCAUUAUCUAUCGAAGCUGAAAAGAACACUACGGCACGUGAAAUUGUCGAUUGUAUUUGUGAAAAAUUAGGCCUUACCGAUGGUACCGAUGUAUAUGAAUUGGCCGAAGUAAUCGGUAACCAGGGUGGACAAGAUUGUAAAGAACGUCGUAUAGGUCCAAAUGAAUGUCCAAUUGCAUUGAAAUUAUUAUGGCCAAAAAAAAGUGAUAAAGGAACAUUAGCUGGUGGCCAUGUUGAUUAUAAAUUCUGUUUACGACGAAAAUGGAUGGGCAAUCUAUGGCCAUUAUCCAUGACCGAUUCAAAUGAUUCUCAAUUGAUACGUGAUUAUUUUCUACGUUUUCUUUAUCAGCCACGAAAUUCUGAAUAUCCAGAUCUGUGCCAAUUACCCGAUCUUACUGAACAAACACUUUUGGAUAACCUUAAGGCUCGAUUCGAAAAAAAUCACAUCUAUACAUAUGUUGGAUCGAUACUUAUUGCAGUAAAUCCAUUCACAUUUUAUCCAAUUUAUAAUCCAAAAUAUGUUCAAUUAUAUCAAAAUCGUCGAUUGGGCGAUUUACCACCACAUAUUUUUGCUAUUGCAGAUGCUGCCUAUCAGUCAAUGUUACGAAAACGGACCAAUCAAUGUAUUGUGAUAAGUGGUGAAUCAGGUUCGGGUAAAACUGAAUCUACCAAUCUAUUGUUACAUCAUUUGACAGCGCUAUCGCAAAAAGGUACACAUGGUACUGGUGUUGAACAAACGAUUCUUGGCGCUGGACCCGUAUUGGAAGCGUUUGGUAAUGCUAAAACAAAAUUCAAUAAUAAUUCAUCAAGAUUUGGAAAAUUCAUUCAAGUUAAUUAUAAAGAAAAUGGUGCCGUUCAUGGAGCAUUAGUGCAGAAAUAUCUGUUAGAAAAAUCACGAAUCGUAUCGCAAGUAAAAAGUGAACGAAAUUAUCAUGUGUUCUAUUAUUUACUCGAUGGCCUAUCAACCGAAGAUAAAGAAAAAUUAUAUCUAACUAGACCUCAAGAUUAUUUCUACUUAAAUCAAUCCAAAUGUUAUACACUUGAAGGUGUCGAUGAACGUCAUGAAUUUUUUCGUCUCACACAAUCAAUGGAAAUGGUUGGAUUUAGUCGUCAUAAACAAUUUCUAUGUUUUAGUGUACUUUCAGCUGUCCUGCAUCUGGGCAAUGUUCAAUUUUCGAAAAAAUCAACUUAUCAUUCAGAUGAAACUGUUAUGAUCAAAAAUCCCGAAGUGGUGACAAUUAUUUCUAAAUUGUUAAAUGUUAAAGAAGAGACAUUGACCGCUGCACUUACCUGUAAACGAACGAAAGCAGCAAAGGGUGAAAUGUUGGUCAUAAAUUAUAAACUACCAGAUGCUAUAGCCACUCGAGAUGCAAUGGCCAAAUGUCUGUAUGGUGUAUUAUUCGAUUGGAUCGUUAUGCAAGUUAAUCAUGCAUUAUUAUCGAAAAAAGAUACUCGUGAUCAUAAAGGAAACAGUAUCGGUGUAUUGGACAUUUUUGGUUUCGAAGAUUUUGGUGAUCAUAAUAAUUUCGAACAAUUCUGCAUCAAUUAUGCCAAUGAACGGCUACAGUAUUAUUUUAAUUCACAUGUAUUCAAAUAUGAACAAGAAGAAUAUCAACGUGAAGGAAUUAGUUGGCGAAAUAUUGAUUUCAAUGAUAAUACUGAAUGUUUAGGAUUGAUUGAAGAUAAACCAGAUGGUCUUUUAUAUCUAUUGGAUGAUCAGUGCAAUUUUCCUUGUGGUAGUAAUGAAACAAUAUUACAGAAAUUUAUUUAUCAUCAUAAUUCAAAUCCAUUGUUCGAAGUACCGCCUUGUCGUGGUUCGGCAUUCACUAUUAAACAUUAUGCCGGUAAAGUUAAAUAUCAGAUACGUGAUUUUCGUGAAAAAAAUCUCGAUCUCAUGCGUCCAGAUAUUGUGGCCGUACUGAAAGUAUCGAAAAUGGCUUUCGUACGUGAACUGGUCUGUUCUGAUCCAUUAGCAUUAUUUAGAUGGCAUAUUCUUAAAGCUUUUUUUAAAGCUUAUUUUCAUUUUACAAAAUUACGUGAAAUAUCCAAAAUGAAACGAGGAUUAUCCGGUACUUAUUUAGUUAAAGAAUAUGCCAAUGCCAAUCAACGAAGAAGUAGUGGUGGUGCACAACAGCAAAAUAAUCAAUUAAGUUUAAUCGACAAAGGCUGCAGUAUUGUUUAUCAAAGUAAAAUUGCCGGUAAUAAUAAUAAUUCUAUACACCAAUCAAAUGUUUUAAAUGAAUCGAAAGCCAAAUAUUCUGAUAUCGCUAAACGGCUUUCAUCAUCGUCAUCAUCAUCAUCAAAUUUUCAUCAUCAUAAUUAUAGUGCAUUUUUGGCCAACAGCCGUUGUAAACCGACAUCAUCUUCAGCAGCAAUUAUUGUACCUUCACAUUGUACAUCAUCAUCCAUUUCAUCUUCAUCAUUAUCGUGUCCAUUUCAUGGUACACAAGCACAUCUUUGUUCUUCUGAAGCACGUGUAUUAUCGCGUGCAAAUAAAAUUCUAAUGAAAAAGAAAUACUCAUCAUCAUCAUCCGCUUAUUCAUGGCAGAAAAAGAAUGGAUUUGAAAAAUCUAUACGUAAUUUUAAAUUAUUGAAACAGCUAUUAGGUCCACCAGUUACAACGAUCAAUUCACCUGGUUUGACAUCUGCAAAAGAAAGACCUGUUUCAUUGUCAAGAACGGUGGCCCGAAAACAAACACAAACCGUAACACAUCAAUUUCAACAAUCAUUACAACAAUUAAUGGACACAUUGAGCCAUGCGAAUCCAUUUUUUGUUCGUUGUAUUAAAUCGAAUGCAGAUAAGAUGCCAAAUCAUUUUGAUGAUCGACUAGUGUUGCAACAGCUUCGUUAUACUGGAAUGUUAGAAACGGUUCGAAUACGACAAUCUGGAUAUUCUGUACGUUUAACAUUCGAUGAAUUCAUUCAACAUUAUCGAAUAUUAUUGCCGAAAGGAUUAUUAUCAUCCAAAAUGGAUGUACAGAAAUUUUUACUCAACAUGAAAUUACCAUCUGCAAUGUAUCAGAUUGGCAAAACAAAAGUGUUUAUGCGUGAAAGUGAAAAAUUAGCCCUAGAUGAACGAUUACAUGAAGAGAUAUUACGACGUAUUAUUAAUCUUCAACGAUGGGUACGAACAUGGAUCUGUCGAAAACGAUUCAACGAAAUGCGAAAUGCGGCGGUCAUCGUGCAGACAUUUGUCCGUCGUUUUAUUGCACAAAAACGUUUAAAACGUUUGAAAAUGAUUGCUCAAUAUGAGAAUUGGGCAGCGAAUGCAAUACAGAAACAUUGGCGUGCAUAUCAAACACGAAAGUGGUUUACAAAUCUACGAAAAUCAAUCGUAAAAUUUCAGGCCUGUUGUCGUGGUCAUAUUUUUCGUAAAACUAAUCGUAUGAACGAUAUUAUCGAAGAAUGUGCACGUGCUAGAGAACGAGCACAGAAAAAAACGGAAUUAGAAAUACCAGAAUCGAAUCGACAUUCAUCAUCGGUCAAUAACAGUAAUAAUAAAAUGUCUAACGUUUCAGUUUUGAUACGAACAACACCACCAACAACAAAUUCAUCGUCAUCAUCAUCAUCAUUGGCAACGAUUAAAGAUGGUAGUGACGUUUCGACAGCUUCGACAACAUACACAAAUGUUCAUCAUCAUCAACAACAUCAAAAUGAAAUAGUCAUUCAUAAUAUUCUCUCCAAUAAGUCGGAUACUACAAAUCAGGAUGCAAAUCUAAUCAUUCCUGUUAAUGUGAUAAAUCGUCCGGCUGCUACAGCAAAUGUUGGUGUUGGUGGUGAUGAAGAAUUUUCAUCAUCAUCAUCAGUGAUUGACGUCGAUGAUGUUGUUACAAUUACUGGUAAUAUUAAUGAUGAUCUUGUUGAUCUUGAUGAUGAUUUUGAAAAUGGUGAUAAUCAACGUGUACGAUUGAAUCGUAAACGUAAUAUUCCGAUACGAAAAACAUCAUUUAAACGUAAAGCAAAUAAUCAUAAAUCAUUAUCAGAUGAAAAACUAUUGAUGACGACAUCUGCAUCAUCAUCGAUGAUGACAACUACAACUACAGCUUCGUCAUUAUCAACAUCAACAUUAGAAUCAUCAUCCGCGACUGCAACACUGAUACCGACAACAACAAGUAUAUCGAAUCUAACAAUAACUGAUCAUAAUUUCAAUCAUCAACAGCAACAUCGACAAUUGACAAAAUUAUCCAGUGAUUCUAAAGUGCUCGGGCUUGCCGGUUCUAAUUCUUCGUUUGUUUCUUCCGGUUAUCUAACUAAUAGUGAUAGUGCAUCAAGUAUACAAAAACUUCGUAUUGGUAGUGUCAAUAGUAAUAACAGUGAACAACAACAAUACAUUACUUCCAUAACAAGCAUUGGUUCCGAUAAUGUACAGUCACAACAUCCUUCAUCAUCAACAACAACAUUGGCGACUACGACUUUUCCAUAUUCGAUCAAUGUAACAUCGGCCAAUCAAAUAGUAGCUCCCAAUGUUUCGAAUCGAACGGCAACGACGACAAAACAACAAACAUCAUUUGAUGAAUCUCAAUCAUCGGCCAUAUCAUCAUCAUCAUCAACAACAUCGGGACCCAUUCAAAAAGCAAAAGCUACAUUUCGAAACAUUAUGGGUAAAUCCUCAAGUAAUUCAGAGAUUAAUAAACGUUUGUUGAAACAAACAAUGUCGGUAAAAGCAGGAAUGGAAUUUGAAUCGGCAAACAACCUUAACGAACAAAUGAAUCAAACAUAUAAUCUUUUAAAUAGUAAAAGUUUGUCAAACAAUGAUUUAGGAAUGAAAAUAAAUGAAAUGCCUAUUAUAUCGAAAAAUUCAACUAGUCAAAGUGAUAUGCAUUCACAAUUGAAUUCGAUAUUUUCUUCUUCUAUGAAUAUGCCAACACCAUAUACAUUUCAGCAUCAUCAUCAGCAACAGCAACAACAAUUGAAAGCUAAAGAUGAAAACUUUACACUUCUUUCACGGCAUUCGAUCCAUGAUGAAAGUAGUUUUAAAUCUGGUGAAAUUUGUGCCAUUUGUGAGAAUCCAAUUUUGGUUCAACAACCAUUGCAGCAAUCGAAUCAACCACAAAUUCAUUUAAAAUGUUCAGAAUGUAAACAAUUGUUUCAUAAGAAAUGUAUUCAUCUUAGUUCGGAUAUUCCUUGUAUCAAAGAAGGUUCAAACAUAAGCUCUUCUGUACUUGGAGCAUUUAAUCCACCACGGCCGCCAAGAAGUAAGCAAAAGUCAAAAAUUACUAGUGGAAAAAGUCUUGAUUCAUCAACCAAAGAGAAUCAAUCAUUAACAUCAUCAUCAUCGAAAGUUACGCCAUUUGCUGCACCAGCUAAACAAUCAGUUAGAGUCAAACAAUUUAUCGAUCCACAUGAUGUUCUUAUCACCGAUCUAGAUGAACUAACCUCAAUGGAUAAAUUCAUUUCGAAAAAGAUUCGUGAUAUGGAUGAUAAUAUUCUGUUCAAAAAGAAAACAAUUAAUGAACCAAAAGAAUGUAUGGUCGAUAUUGUGUUCAAGUUAGCGUUGAAAGAAUUCAAAAAUAAUUUGAUUUCCACUUAUUCGGUGACACAUCAAGAUGGAAUGGUGGUUCGAUUGACCUAUAAGGAUCUGAUUGACCAUUUUGCACAGAUUUUAUUAAAUGUCUGUGAAAUAGAAAAUACAUUUAAAUCAUUUCCCGUGAUUCUUGGCGUGAAUGCUUUUCGCGGUUAUAUGGAUGAAUUACGUAAUAUGCAUAAUACGAAAAUUAAUAAAGAAGAAAGAAUUAAUGGACCAACUUUCAAGAAAUCUAAUAAACGUAAACAAAGUAAAAAACGUGCUCGUAACAAGAAAGAAGAUGAUGUUUAUAAAACAUAUGAACAUGAAUUCUACAUUUCAACGGCCAACAUUUAUACGGUAUGCGAAGUUUGUGAUUCAUAUGUUUGGAUGAUGGAAAGGAUAUUCAUAUGUCGACGUUGUAAACUUGCUUGUCAUAAAAAAUGUUUCGAUAAAGUGGCUUCCACCUGUGGUAACAAUAAUAAAUCCUCUAAUAAAUUAAUCUUUGGAUCACCAAUUUCGGCACUCGUUACGGAAGAAUGUCGUAUACCAUUAGUUGUUGAACAUUUGAUUGCAAAAAUCGAACUAAAAGGCUUGUAUGCCGAAGGAAUUUAUCGUAAAUCGGCUAGGCUAACAAGCAUAAAUGAAUUGAAACAGAUGUUUGAUGCACAACGUUUGGAUAUUGAUUUAGACCAUUAUAGCGUUCAUGUUCUUGCCGGUUGUUUGAAAUUAUUUUUCCGUGAAAUGCCCGAACCGCUAAUGACCUAUGAACUUUAUGAUGAUUUCUUAUGGGCCACUACAGUUACCGAUCCUAUUGAACGAAAUCAAAUAAUAUUCAAUCAUAUCAGUAAACUACCAAAGCCAAACUAUGAUCUCCUUGAACGUCUGACAUUUCAUUUAGCACGUGUGGCACGCCAAGAAUCGGCCAAUCGUAUGAACGCAAAUUCAUUGGCCAUUGUAUUUGCUCCUUGUAUAUUACGAACAAACAAAUCGAUGCAGAUGCAAGAUAAAUUGAAUGAUAUCAGUAAACAGACAAUUUGCAUUGAAAGUAUCAUUAGCGAACAAAUGCGACAGAUAUCUGACACACUUAACGAUAUUGAUAUAUUGGAUACUGCCUGUCAUACGGCCUCAUCUCGUUUAUCUUCGAUUCGACAUUCCAAGAUGAACAUGCAUCGUGAUGCAACAUCGGUUGUACGUGCACAUUCGAAUGUCGAUGAUGAUGAAGAAGAAUACCUGACACAACAGAUUUCCGAAUUGAUUACCGAAAAGAACCAUUUGACUACUAUAUUACCGACAUUUAGAAUCGCUUCGGCAUGUUCAGAUGAAGAUAUUCUUUCUUCAAAUGAAAAUGAAGAAAUGGCCAAUACUAAUGCCAGUUCAGAUGAAUGUCUUAAUUCUACUGUCAUCAAUAAUGAUAAUGCUAAAACAGGACAAACAUUGAAUACUAUGAAAACCUUGAAAAACACUGGUGAAAUUGUCAAUUCUAAUAAAUUAUCAACGACGAAUCUAACAAAAACCAAAGAUGAAAUUCGUUAAUUACUCAAAACUCUGUUCUGCUUUCAUCUAACAGUUAUGAAUUUGACAAACACUUGAUUUGUCAGGAAAAAAACUUUUGUUUUUUGUUUGGUUAUUUAGACUGAAAUUGAAAUCAAUCAUGAAUUGAAAAAACUUGAGUUGUAAUUAAUCAUUAUUCUAUUAUUAGAAUCCAUUUGUUUUGUCUGUGUUUACACACUAAAUUAAUCAUCAUCCUUAUAGUUU